CCUGACAGCGUAUCAGUGAUGCGCUACUAACACAUUCUAAGCAAAAAUCAGACGGUUCAUACUCAGCUCAGAGAGGGCAGAUCAACAACCUCGCUGCACAAUUUAAUGUUUAUAGAAAAACAGAAGUUAGACGAAGAAGGACAUGAGAUGAAGUUCGGAGACGGGCAGUAGAAGGUCGUGAAGGGAAAUCUUGUCAUGGCCCGCGGAAAGAAGAGUGGUUCGUUGUACAUGGUUAGAUUACCGUCUGAGGGAGUGAUCGUCCCGGUUCAGAAGAUAAACAAAGUACAGUUCAUAGAGUCUCGUGGGCAGAAGAAGGUUGUCUAUGCAACAAAGAAACCCAGAGCCACAGGUAAGACUCAGGAUGAACAAAAGCGGAAAGGUUCAAGGAGGCCAGUUAGAGGUAUUUGUGGCAGUGGGAGCUCAUAUGAUGCUUUAGCCAAGGUUUCUAAAAGGCAAUGGGUCAGGAGAACCAGUAUUCUAGUAAUUGGAACAUCUCCAUAUAAUUUCUUUCUAAGUGUGGAGAGUGUUUGUUUUCAGGAUGUUCUCGGAUCUAGCAGCGUGCAUUUGCAGUGGGAGAUGGUAGGGACUGAGGAUGAGUCAGGAGCAGAUUCAGCCGUGACUGAUGUGUUGGAGCUCGAGAGAGCUUCAACGAGGCCUUCAGUUUUCUGAUGAGAGGGCCGCUGCAGCAGGAGAGCUGAGGAAGAUUGUUAGAUAUAAAAGGAAUUGUGGCAAAUGGCAGUUGAUGAUUAUCAACCCUCCAAGUGGGAGAAUGUUAGGUUUGUGGGGGCUAGAUACAUUUGGGCCUAACUUGGGUCGACC